AUUUGCUUGGCUGACACUUCCUUUUCCGAUUCGACUGCGCAUGCGCUACGUCCUGUCCCGAAGAGAGCUCCCAGUUAAAUCGCCAAACAGCCAUGGGUUUGCAGCACCCAAACGCAAACGAAUUUAUUUCGCAUCAGCGUAAUUUGCGCUGGGAACACGGACCUGAAAACUUUUUCCCGGUACAUGGGCAGAAUACCGCUCCCCAUUACAUGCCAACGCCGAAUGGGGCCCCGUACUCCCCACCAAACUCACCGGGGUACUUUCCGCCGUACAAUCCUGACCAUAUUCUGCCGCAAUACCCGCCGCACUACCCGCCGAGCCCUCCGCCCCCCUGUUCACCGAGCUGCACAGCCGCAGCUUAUAACCCGGCUCCGCGCCCCUCUGCACCGUUCCGUGGAAACCCCGUAUAUUUCGGGACCACUCCGGGCUACAUUUAUAACGGCUGUUGGUACAAUUCCGGAAUACCUCGUGCCGUUGCCAGAGAUCCUCCCCAGCAACAGCCGAUAUAUAUGAUUGCCAAUCCACUGCAGAUGCCACAGCAAAACCCCCCAUCUCUGCCGAUUCAAGUGGCCUAUUCCGAGAUGCCUGCACCGCCUGCUCCAACACAGAGCCAUCCUGUAGUCGCUCAACCACUGGUAGUGGAAAUCAUGUUGCCGGCCUUGAUUCCGGUCACUAGAACCGGGAACCAGAUCAUCAUUGACCUCAGACAACCGCAUGUUUCUGGUCCAGUGCCUGUGAAGCGUAAUCCUGUCGAGGAAUCAAUGGCACAGCUAUUCAAAAUCGUUCAAGGACGUGUACGCCGGAAUCAAUUUCCGCGUCACCAUCAACGUCUUAGGCAUCGUUUGGGCCAUCGAAUUAUUCCUAAAAACAGAACUGCAAAAGCUGCUGGGAAGAAACUGCAGCCUGAACAGGUGCAGCAACCCGUCGAUAUGAUUUUGGUUCCCAAUUCGAUCCCAAAUCCGGAGAACUCAUCUGCAAACGAAGCUCCUGAAUUGAUUCAAAUUCAGAAACAUCAGUCUUCUGCUCAGUCUGGCAACGUGGCCGAGAACCAGGCGGUAAAUGAUUCCAUCAAUGUUCCGGAUCAAAAGGAGGUCGUUCAGAUGACAAAUAUGCAAGAGGAACAAUCUUUGAAUUUCAACUUUGUGCAGCAAGAAUGUCCGGAAUUUUUGGACACAGCCAUCACUCAGAAUAAUACUUCCGAAGUGGAGCAUCAACUCGAUCUUAAACAGGAGGCCACUCCGCUGAUGAAUCAGAGUUCAGAAAUUAAAUCUGAUCAGCCAUCUACAAGUGCUGCUUUGCCAAACUCAAUUGAACAGCCACAAACAGAGCAAAUGCAUCACAUUGAUCCACUGCCAUUUGAGGUUUCUACUGCUGAUCCGACUAUUCUGUCAGAAAUCACCACACCUGUUGGAGAACCCAUCGAGAAAUUGGAAAUUCCUGCUUCCCACGCUGAGCACAUUCCAGACUCACAAAUCACUCAGCCGAUUGUUAUAGUGCCUGUGGUGGAAAAGAUCUCACAGUCCAUAAAUACCACUACUGCAGCUAUUCUUGGUUCGAAUAAUCAGCCUGAAAUCACUGCACCCAUUCCGGAACCCAUUCCGGAACCCAUUCCGGUACCCAUUCCGGUACCCAUUCCGGAAGCCAUUCCCAUCAAGAAAUUAAAUAUUUCUGCUUCCAAGUCAACAAAGGUUUUCAAAAGCACAGACUCAGUCAAAAAUUACUGAGAAACCAUCUGUCCCAACACACCCUUUGGAGCCGAAAAAUAAGGAAAAUAUCACCACAGACGUAUCCAAACGCAACGUUAAGUUGGAGCGAAAGUCGCCAGAGAAAAACGUGAGCUGCAACAAUCUUUUCGAGGAGCCUAUUUCUCAGCAACCAUCGGACAACGUGAAUCACUGGCCACCUUUGGGCAGCCGCUCGAAUACGAAAGUUUCCCCAAAGCAGGCAUCUUUGCCAGCAGGACCAUCGCUUGAGAACCGAAUGCGCCAGCAAUGUGUGCCACCAAAAUACCCGAGAAGCGCAGUGUUCUUCAAGAAAGAAACGAUUUGAAUUCGAAAAUACCCGAGAAGCGCAGUGAUCUUCAAGAAAGAAACGAUUUAAAUUCAAAACAACAUGCUUUCAAAAAGCAAAACUCGCCAAAGCCCAAUGUGGCUAAACCUGAGCUACAAUUAUUAAAAGCUUGCCAAAAGAUUCCAGAAGCGGAAGAAGUAAGGCGCUCGAAACCAAACAAUAAGCCUUUGAUUGUUCCAAAAAAGAAUGAUUUUGGCACCCCGCAGGAAAGAAAGCCUUUGAUCAGUAUAGGAAAUACUUAUUUGAAGACAUCCCCCUCACUGGACAAAAAACCUAAUAGUGUUCAACAUAGGUCCCAGCAGCCAACACUUCAAGUGUCAAACAUGUUUCAGCUUCUGGAUGACUCGGACGUCGGGGACAUCAGUUCAGAGAUACAAGACGAGAAAGAAAACCAGGAUCCACAGGGUGGCAGCCAUCAGUCAAAGAAAACGAAGAAGAGGCGUCCCAAAAAGAAGAACAACAAUCGAAAGCCCUUACCAAUAGCCAAACAAAGUCCAGCCAAGGAAGCGACAAGCGCUGGAAAACCAAAAGAUAUCAAUGUAUCUGCAUCAAAGGCAAAUGAACAAAAGCUCAACGACCAAAAAAAGCCACAGCCUGAUGAUAAGCCGAAGUCAGAAAAUCCAAAGGCUGCAGACCAAAAACUAGGAGAAUCAGAAUCGAAGUCAAUUAAACAAAAGCCCGAAAACCAAAAAAAACAGGAAGAUAUAAAGCCUAAAAACCCACAGCUUGAUGAUAAGCCGAAGUCUGAAAAUCCAAAGGCUGCAGACCAAAACUAGCAGAAUCAAAGCCGAACAAAUCUAAAUCAAAAAAACUUUUAACAAAAGACCCAAAAAAGCCGGAAAAUUUAGAGCCCAAAGAUCCACAGCUCGAUGAUAAGCCGAAGUCUGAAAAUCCAUCAGCCUUUGGACUUUCAGACAAAAAACUAAAAGAAUUAAAACCGAAAAAUCUUAGGCUGCCAAAAAAAACCCCCCAGGAACCUUCGAAGCUUAAAAACAUUGUUAAGGGAGCCCAGCCAGAUGAAAUGGGUGCAGAUUCGGUACCUGAUCCUGCACCACGGCCGCCUUCUCCUCCCCACCCGGCACCGGCUGCCCCCCAACCAAACCCACAACCUUCUCCCGCACCGGCUGCUGCAGCUUCUGCAAGCCCAGAGCUGAUGAAUCUCCCCAGAAAGGACACCCAAAGUCCAGGAAGGAAGAGAAAAACGACAUUGGAUACCGAAGUCUCUUGCGGAGCCGGGCGAAAAACGAUAACUUCCUAUGCGAGCAGAACCACAAGAGGACUAGCCCCGAUCUUCGUCCGUGGCCCUAUACUAUUCCAUCUGCUGCGAAGGACAAAAAUCAGUGUGAAGGCGCACUGGCGUGUGUCCUCUCCCAAGCAUACUUGAAGAGGUUGGAGGCCAACUACCCAAGGAGGGCGAGCCCAAGUCGCCGACUUCGAAGUGCAGAUGAGACAGUAGGACGGCGUUUCAGGGCCCAAGUUCGUCAGGCAUUCGCGGUCGGGAUGAGGCCCACCGCAUACAAAUUCGACCCCAGCGCAACCUAUUCCCUGGGAAACUGCCUUCUGGCUCAACAGUCGGAUUUUCCGCCCCCAGAAAUUUCACCAGAUGGAGGCCCAAUAUCGUACUAUCGAGUUUUAGAUCGCACAUAUUGCAAAAUAAGACUCCCGCCACGCAACAGUCUUAACCCAUUCCUUCCUUUUAAGCCCAAUUUUGCGACUGCAAGGCCUGGGAAACGAAUUAAACUUCAACAAUCGUCGGAUCCCAAUGCGGAUUUCAAGAAAAUGGACGAGUCCUAACUGCAGCAAAAUAGGUACUUCUAAUAAUAUCGAGUGCCUAAAGAUGAUAUCUUCGUAGUAGCAUAUAUCAAAUAUAAAAUUUAAUAUUUGUGAUAUUUUUGCACCUAGUCAGUCUGGCUUGUUCUUUAGAAAUGUAUUCUUUUAUUUUUUGGAACCGGAUUUUCUUUGAA